AUGGUUGCACCCUCUAAUUCUUCAGCCGUGGCAGUUUAUUGUGCUGCAUCACUCGGGAAGCAGAAUGCUUUUCAGCUAGCAGCGCUAUCAUUGGGCCAUGCUCUGGCAGAGGCAAAACGACCCCUUGUCUAUGGUGGUGGUAACAUGGGCCUUAUGGGCAUUGUCUCAGGUGCCGUAAUAGAAGAGGGCGGCCAAGUUACUGGCAUUAUCCCAUAUGCCAUCCAAGCUGCAGGUGGCGAAAAAGACAAGGGCAAUGGUGUUGUAAAGACUGAAUCUGUUGCUGGAGUUCUCAAUGAGGACCGGCGAAGACAUAUCGUUGUUGACUCGAUGCACGAGCGCAAGAUCGAGAUGGCGAAGCGUGCCGGUGCUUUUGUGGGGUUGCCAGGAGGAUACGGCACUUUUGAAGAGAUUCUUGAAGUGAUAGCUUGGAACCAAAUCAACAUUCAUAACAAACCCGUAAUAUUGCUCAAUGUUCUGUCCUACUACAGUCCUCUCCGUGAUCUCAUCCGGAAUGGUGUACGAGAGGGGUUCAUUCAGCCGCACAACGAGAAGUUAUGUGUCUUCGUCGACGGACCCAAAGACCAUAAAGACCAUGAAUCUUUCAACUGGGGGCAGGCCGCUAUAGACGCAAUUGCUGCAUGGCAAUAUGACCAAAUACGGUCAUUGCCCUUCCACUGGACGAAGGACACUGAUACCAGUGCAAAACCUAAUGGCAAGUCCGACAUCAAAGGCAUGAGCGGAAUGGUUGGUGGGUUAUACGGCCUAAAAAUGACCAACGCGUGGUUAAAGAGGGUCUGGCACGCUUGCUUCCGUUCAUGUUGA